AUGCAGGGUGCCGGCGUGUCGUCAUCGGAAGACGAGUUGGUGUUGCUGCUGGCGUUGCUGGACGAGUCGGAACGUGGCUUCCAGGAGAAUGUCUUAGCCAGGCGCUGGAAGGACGUGGUGGACGAGUUGGAGUGGUGGCCCGAGGCGGCGGAGGCGGUAUCUGAUGCGUCAGACUUGCGGACGCUACGGCGGAAGUGGUCACGGAUAGCCAUUGUGGUGGGAGACGACAGGCAAAUGAUUGCGACGAGGGGUAGGGCGGGAUGGUUUAAUAAUAACACGAGGCUCCGGCGGAACGGACAGGCCGGGGGGGACGGCAGGCUUAAGACGGCCAUCCCGCAAUGGACGUUGAUGGGCGUUUCCGUAGGGGUGGCAAGGUUGAAACCCGCACAGCCGUUCGCUCUUGCUGGAUCUAGAGUUCCAACCCGUCUUGGAAGCGUGGAAAGCAGCAACCGUAUUGGCGGAACGGUGGGCAAGCGUCUCAACCGGCCACCCCGGUCAAGCCCGUCGAUUCGCUUCCUACUGGCGUCUCUCUUUUCUCCAGUUCCAACAUCUGCUGGAUCGCAGCGGGAUGCUUCGGCAAGCUCACGCACCCCGGACGAGCCCGCCGAUGGCAGCCGAUGGGGCCUUGGACGGAUGAGCACGAUGGAUGCGGAAGGCCGGUUGAGUGGUUGUGUGACUGUGCGCGCCUGCCUGCGCGAUAGUGCUUUCCUGCGCAGACGCAUCAUCAUGCUGGUCUGUAUUUGUUGUAGCGAGCUGGCUGGCUGGUUCUUGCAGUCCGUCCGCUGUGCUGGAGAAACACCAAGACUGCCCGCUGCAGCGCGCAUGAAGCCCGCCGGGCGUGAGUGGACCCCCGCCCGCGGGCACCCACGACACAGUGCCUGUGAACAGCCGCUGCAGACUGGGCAAGGCAGCAUCGAGCGGCGGGGUACGCCCAGUGCGACACGGCGCUACGUCAUGCUAGCCCGCGCCCCUCUCCGCCAAGAUCCCGCCAAGAGCCGCCCUCGGUCCCCUGAGCGGGCAGCUCAGCGCUCCUUCGGUCACUGGAGGGAUCUCGAGAGCCUGAAGGAGGUGACCCCCGGGGGCCUGGGCCCCUUCGCUGGUGCUGGUUGCGGGUUCUAG